AUGCCUCCCGCCGACGCCGGCGACUCCUCGCCCCUGUCUCCUCCCGCCGACGCCGGCGACCCCUCGCCCCUGUCUCCUCCCGCGUUCGGCGCUCUGCCCGGAUCCUGCUCGACCGCUCCGUGCCUCGGCGACAGAGUUGCCCAGUGUCUCUUCAGCGUCUUUGCGCGCGACAUCCCGAGGCGAGGCAAACCCGACGAGGCUACCGGAGAGUGGACUGUCUUGGCCGGCUUUGCUCUGGAGGAGGUUCCACCGGACCAAGACGCACAGGCGCACGCGCAAAACGAAGGCGAGAGCUCCAACCGACGGAGCAGGGAGGAGCAGAAUGGAGGGGGACGAGGAAGAAAGUCGCUGCCUCAGCGGGAGGACGAGCGUCUCCGUUCGUCCUUCGCCCCGGAAGACGAGACGUGUCUCUCAUCUGCCUCCGACGCAGGCGAAGAGAAAACGGCUCUCGUCGCGGUGAACCAUCUGCAACAACUUCCCUCUUGUUCUCGCUCUUCUCCCUCGUUCUCGCCCUCCAACUCGUCUGUGUUUCACCCUCUCGUCGUCGCCACCGGCUCUCGAUGCAUUGGGCGCUGUCGGCUUGUCCCCCCCGCGCACAUGCCGUCGCAGGGAGACGAAAAGGCAAGGCCGCACUGGAAGCAUGGAAGCGCCGAUCUGAAGACAGUUUGUGCCUCAGAGUCGCUCCCUCGAAAGAGUGCCUGCGGCCAUGCGUCGAACGGCGACGUUGCUUCGAUUCCGCCCGUCUCGUCUUUCUCGUCUCCCAACGCCUCUCUCGGCGAGCCGACGGAGCCGGGAGUGCAUGCGCAGGCAGAGCAGCCCGAGAGUGCGGAAGAUCACACCACGACGCCGUCGAAGAAGACGCGCCGAGCGUCGUCGCCGAGUGAUGGAGGUGAUCGUCUCGUUCCUUUCCAUGCGGGCCCCGGGACGGCGAUGAUCCCGGAGACAGAACAACCUGCCGGUGAUAGUUCGCCCUCUUCGAAGACGCCAAUGGCGACUGAGAGAGCAGACGAGAACGCGACCGGGAAGAGGGGAGCAGGGACGAAGCGUGCGAGUGAAGCGCAGCCGUCACAGCCUUCGCCUUCGCCUCGCCUGUCGUGUUCUCCGUGUUCUGGCUCCUCGUCAUCGGCGUGCGCUUCGUCUUCUUCGGCUUCCGCGUCGCUUUCGGGUUCUGCAUCCCGCUCGGAGUCUGCAGCGCGUUCCGCCUGCUCCGGGGGUCAGCAGAGACCAGGCUGCGUGGACGGCUCGGCGUCCGUCCCCCGAGAGCACAGAAAGAGAACGCAUGGGUGUGCAGUUCCCCCUCCUGACACACUCGCCGGUGAUGAUGCGAAUCCAGGAACAGAGAUCGAGGCGGAAACAGAAGCUUCUCUGUCCUCACCUGUUCCACCUGAAGUGUAUAGGCAGUGGAUGCAGGGGAGUUGCGUCUCCGUUCACGAUUCCCACGCAGAAGUGCUCGCCAGACGGUCGCUCAAACGGUACUUGGUCCUCGGAAUGCUCUCUCAACUGCAUGCGUUCCUUUCGGAGGUGCGCGAGAGAACGCUUCAGGUCGAUGCCUUUUUGACGCGACUCCUGCGACGAGACAGAGACGCGCGCGCCCGAGGUCCACAACAAAAUCGAGGAAACGCUACAGCCAAAGUGCAAGAAGAAACUCAGAAGUUCCUGGAGGAAGGGGAACAUGCCAUGUGCACGAGGACAAACAGUCAAGGUGAACGCCCCAGCGGAGGCGAGGCACAGCAGGUACAGGAACUCGACAAGACAGAGGACGGCGCGAACCGCGUUGCAAACGAGAACCUGAACACGCAUGCGGAGGACGAACGUCGGCUGGUCGACGACUUCCCUGCGGCUGUGCAUGCGUUGUCUCUUCUCCUUCUUCACCCCUUCCCUUCGUCUCUUGCGCUUCUCUCCCCUUCGCAUUCUGUGUUCUCUUUGCCGUUACCUGGCACGGGAGAACCCGAUCGUAGUCCGGAGGUUUGCUCAGGCGCGAAGAGCUGGAUCGAGUUGGUGCCUCUCGCGCUCCGCUUCCGAACGCGGAAAGGCAUGCGCCUGCACUUCUAUGCCUCCAUGGCCCCCUGCGGAGAUGCUGCUGUCGCCCCGCGGGACGAAGAACAGGAAAGCAAAGACGCAGGCGACAAAGGGCGAGAGGGACAGAACGCGGAGGCGAAGGGAGAAGGCGAGGAACGGGGAGAAAAAAGCGGGGCAAUCCACGGAAGGCCCCAGGCAGUCGGCAAAGGCCCCCACGACGAACGAAACGCAGCGAGAAGUGCAGAGGCAAAUGCCGCAGGCCAUGCGACAGAAGCGGCGAAAAGAGCGGGAGGCGAGGAAGGAAGCGGAGGAUGCCCAGGAGAGUUUCAGGGGCCAGGUAAAGGCGGGAGGAACCAGUGCGUUGCCAGCAGAGGGAAGGAAAACGAAGAGGGGGAUACGCUUCCUGUGAGAGACAGUGGAAGUGAGAAGCUGUGUGAGGCGAGGAAGGUGAACGAGCAAAGAGGACAGUCUCCUUCAGUCCCUUUCCGUUUUCGGCCAACGGGCGCCAAGCCAGUCUCAGCUGAAGAACGCGUCGACGAGAAGACCAGCCUUCAGACUUCGGGAAAAGACCUCCUCUCUGUUCAGAAGCGAGGCCUUCUCCGCUUCAAACCGGGCCGCAGUGAUUUACCUAGCCACUUGCGAUCGCUGUCUCUCAGUUGCAGCGAUAAGAUCUGGAGUUGGAAUUGUCUAGGGUGGGGAGGCGCAGUGCUUUCCACGUGUCUCACAUCCCCGCUCUUCCCUUUUGCCAUCACCAUCGGCGAGCCGUCCGUCUCCCUUUCGGCCUUGGAGUCGUCGCUGUUGUUUCGUCACGCGUGGGACAACGACGUUGGACGCGGGCACGCUGCAGAGCCGCAGGCAAGUCUUGACCAGCCCUUUCCGCAUUCGCAACGCUACUGUCUCCACAGGCGGGACGUUCCUCGCCUAGUUAAAACGACAGCCGCAACUCUCUUUUCGGCAUCGCGCGAAGCUGCGGAGAGACGGCGACUGGUCACCACGGGCGAGAGACUUGCUGUCUCUCCGGAAGCGAGGCAGCAAGCAGUCAGAGAAGAGAAACGAGAAAGCGCGGGGAAGAACGCGAGCCUGGCAGGCAACAGACACGGCAACAAUCUCGGGAAAGAAACGAUAGGCGAGAGGCGGUUGACGCACGAACUGGAGAGGCACGAAGCCGAGGCCAGGAAUGGUGAGGGACGGCAAGGUGAUGGAAGCACAUCGAUGCGAGACCGAUCGGGUUUCCUUGGUCACACUCCGCCUGCAGACAGCAAAGUGGAGGUAGCGCUGGAAAACCCAGAGGGGCGGGCGGCACCGUCCAAAGGUCUCAGUAGUGCCGCCAGUUGUUCCAAGAAGCAACGCAAAACGAAAGAAUGGGAAGGAAAGUGUUCGCUUCCUCCCGUUCGGUCGUCUGGCCUCUCAAUCGCGUGGCAUCGACCGCCCAGCAGUGAGUUCCCGCGUAGGUACGAGGCUCUUCUGUCCCUCGCGAGCCGUCCGACGGGCGCUGGACUGUCUGAGGAUGCGUCGGCGAGCGUGGAGUCUCACCGAAUGCCUGCCAAGCCCCGCGUUGACCUGCGACCGAAACGCGUUUUCCAGGGAGACGCCGAGGCCAGAGAACGAGAGCACGCCCGCGGCCAAAACCGCAGUCAGAGAAGCUGCACUCGAGCGAAGGCGCUUUGUGAAACUGGAUCUUGCGAACAGGUGAGAACCAGCUCUUCGCGUUCUCCUGUGGCGCCGGAGCUCGCGUCGGACGUGGCCGUCGACUGCGUUUCCCCAGAUAAGCGCGCAGGCGCAGGAGAUAAGAAAAUAAGUUUGUCACCUCCAGCUUCGCACGCCGGUUGUCUCACACCGCACGCGUUGCCCGGAAGCGAGAACGGGACAGGCGUAGCGGAGUCGACUGGCGGUUGGGAGGCGAGCGACAGAGAGGCCGAGCGGGACACGCCUGUCUGCGUUUGCCGUGCUGCCUCUUUGAAAGCGUUUCACGAGGUCACGGUUGGCCGCAGUGGUCUCUUGCACCGUAGUGUGCAGAAACGGGCGGCAAAUUGUAGCUAUUUUCACUCCGAUCUCUGCAAGGCUAACCUGGCUCGUAUGUAUCUCCAUCUGACCAGACUUAGGACGGAGGACUUGCCAAAGCUGUUGGGUACCGCUUUGGCGGCUCUGGCGACUGCAGUGGAGGAACUCGAACAUUGCACGUCUUUGUUCGCUACUCGAAACGUCGUUGAAACGGGGAGAAAAGUGCUGGACGAAGCCCGCAGACGAGGGUUGGGUAGCCAGGGGUUGGAGCACGCCCCUUUCGGCAGAACCGUCGCCGCAACGCAAGAGAAAAGAUUGCCAAGUGUCGCGGAAGGAGCCGAAAGCUCCGCGAUCACGUACGGGAGUCUGAAAGCUCUAUCUGUUGAAUAUCAAAAGAGGAAGGGAGAGUGGCGAGCCUGUGAUGGCGGCUGGCAACGAAAGGGCCCUAGCUUCCAGUUGCCAAUGCCCAGAGCAGAUUCCACCGCCGACCCACUCGACUUCAUCGUCGAGAACUUUUGUUUGGAUCCUCCGACGCGUCUUACAGACGGUUUCGGUAAUGCGCAGCGCACACAGCGGCAUGCGAGCGCAGAGACUGAGACUCAGUGCCAUGCUCGAGGGUGA